CCGCCCACCUUGCGUAUGGAAAUAUGGCGGCCCCUGCGUCGACGACUACUCGAUAGAGAUUUAUUCCUCAAAACUUGUUUCAACACUAAGAGAUAUUGAAAACCAUCCGUGGUGUUUAGAGCAGGGGUGUGUGCUCUAGUGUUGCGGGUAGUUUGUUUGGAGAAACGGCGUGACGGUGUUCGGUAAACCCGAGUGAAAGUCAGGUUGAGUGUCAGAGCUGAAGUGCCUCAGGUCCGGGUGUAACGUUAUCUGGAGCCCGUGAGGGAAAGAGCGACGGACACGGAAGUCGAAGACAGGAACCUGGCAGGAGAUAAUAAUAAUCACAGUAAUAAUAAUAAUAAUCACAAUAAUAAUAAAUCCGUGAAGCGUGUGAGAUGAGUUUAUGGUGCUCAGGACUUGUUUGGAAAACUUGCCAACUAAGUUAACUUGUUGUUGAGCAGCUAACGAGCUAGCUAACACCUGUUAGCUAGGCGAUGCUAAAUUACCUCAGACACUAAACUUUAACUUUUAAUCGGUGAGUACUAACAUGUCAAGUUGUAUAACAUUACAGUUCACCAGGUGUUUAUUGAUAGAGCAGGUAGACACUUUAAUUCAAGUUAUAACUUGCACAAACAUUUCAGAGUAACUAUAAUAAUAAAAAUAAAACGAGCAAUAACAAUAUGACCUGCACUAAUAUUAAGUGUGAACUGACAUUUCCUUUAAUUGUUUUUUAGGGGGGGUUUAAAAAUCCUUAUCAUCAGCCUUAUGAUCAUUCAGUGACUGUAUGUAUUUAUAUUUAAUUUUUAAAUACUAAAAACAUGCCCUCAAUCUAUACCCCAACCCAGAAACACACUCUAGUUCUUAAACUUAUGCAACUUUCUGUACAUUUUGUCCUGACAGUAACCAAAUCAUUGCUGUAGCAUCGCUUAUUAUUAACUGUAAAUGUUCUCAGGACACAUUUUUAAAUGAGCUUGACGACAACGAUGAUGAUGAUGAUGAUGAUUGUCUACCAGGUCCUUAUACAUGCCUGAUAUGUUAUUAGGCACUUUGAAGCGUUCGUCAUGCCAUGUUAGGGUUUUCUGAACACAAUGUAGUUUUGCGUCCUCAUGUUUGUAACUAUAUUCCGUCAUGGAAUGAAUUUUUUUUUUCUUCGAAAUAUGGUUUGCUUUUUACCCGCCUGUGUGUGGUAACGUUUAAAAAUCAGCUCCUUAAUUCAUGACACACGCAACGAAACCGACGAAGAUCCGGGUCGGCCUUGGCGCUGUGGUGGACAGGGAAAAGCGUCACGUUUUGAGAUUUGGGAUCUGGAGGUCAUACAAUCACGAGCCACGCUGACCGAGUGUGCGCUCGUUUUGAAGUGGCCUUCACAACAGAGUGGCUUCCUUCGAGCCUCUUUCAGUUCAGUACUCUCCAAGGUCGUGAUCAAGAUCGUGAUCGGUUGUGAUUCUCGGCUCCGGCCUGGCAUCCUGCCCUUAUGGGGCAGCAGCCAGGGAAGUUUGUUGGCGACCAACGGAGGCCGAGUCUGCCUGCUCUGAACUUCAUCAAGAGUGGAGGGAAGAGGGACUCAUCGCGCCAUGGAACUCAGCCCUGCAAUGUUUUUGCAGUUCAUGAAGCUCUUCAGCGACCGGAUUUUGAGCCCUCUGGUCUGUCUGAGGCGGCGCGUUGGAACUCUAAAGAGAACCUGUUGGCGGGACCCAGUGAAAAUGACCCCAAUCUGUUUGUAGCACUGUACGACUUCGUGGCGAGUGGUGACAACACGCUCAGCAUCACUAAAGGAGAGAAGCUGCGAGUGCUCGGUUACAAUCACAAUGGCGAGUGGUGUGAAGCACAGACCAAGAAUGGUCAGGGCUGGGUGCCCAGCAACUACAUCACUCCUGUCAACAGUCUGGAGAAGCACAGCUGGUACCACGGGCCCGUGUCCCGCAACGCUGCCGAGUACCUGCUCAGCAGCGGCAUCAACGGCAGCUUCCUGGUGCGAGAGAGUGAGAGCAGCCCAGGACAGAGGUCCAUCUCGCUACGCUACGAGGGUCGAGUCUACCACUACCGCAUCAAUACAGCCUCCGACGGCAAGCUCUACGUAUCAUCAGAGAGUCGUUUCAACACCCUGGCCGAGUUGGUGCAUCACCAUUCCACCGUAGCGGAUGGCCUCAUAACGACACUACACUACCCAGCACCCAAACGCAACAAGCCGACGAUCUACGGUGUCUCGCCCAACUAUGACAAGUGGGAGAUGGAGCGCACAGACAUUACUAUGAAACACAAGCUGGGCGGAGGCCAGUAUGGAGAGGUGUACGAGGGAGUCUGGAAAAAGUACAAUCUCACUGUUGCUGUGAAAACACUAAAGGAGGACACAAUGGAGGUAGAAGAGUUCCUAAAGGAGGCUGCAGUCAUGAAAGAAAUCAAACAUCCCAAUUUAGUCCAACUGUUAGGUGUCUGUACACGGGAGCCUCCCUUCUACAUCAUCACCGAGUUCAUGACCCACGGUAACCUCCUGGACUACCUGCGCGAGUGUAACCGCGAGGAGGUCAACGCUGUGGUGCUGCUCUACAUGGCCACGCAGAUUUCCUCUGCAAUGGAGUACUUGGAGAAGAAGAAUUUUAUUCACAGGGACUUGGCUGCCCGCAACUGCUUGGUUGGGGAGAACCACUUGGUGAAAGUAGCAGAUUUUGGUUUGAGUCGUCUGAUGACGGGAGACACGUACACGGCGCAUGCCGGAGCCAAGUUUCCUAUCAAAUGGACUGCACCAGAAAGCCUGGCAUAUAACAAAUUCUCAAUCAAAUCAGAUGUAUGGGCUUUCGGAGUGCUGCUAUGGGAGAUUGCCACCUACGGGAUGUCUCCAUACCCUGGGAUAGAUUUGUCCCAAGUCUAUGAGCUACUUGAGAAGGACUAUCGCAUGGAUAGACCUGAGGGAUGCCCAGAGAAGGUCUAUGAACUAAUGAGAGCCUGUUGGAAAUGGAACCCAGCAGAGAGGCCAUCCUUUGCCGAGACCCAUCAAGCGUUUGAAACUAUGUUUCAGGAAUCCAGCAUCUCUGACGAGGUGGAGAAAGAAUUGGGGAAGAAGGGGAAGAAACUAACACUUGGGUCCAUACAGCAGGCUCCGGAGCUACCGACCAAAACUAGGACGAAAGGCAGACCCACGGAGAAAGAUGGAGACAGCCCUGACGGUGCUGAGGCAGAGGUAGCUGUGUCGCCGAUGCUUCCCCGAAAAGAGAGGCUUUUGGUAGAUAGCAAUCUAAACGAGGAGCCAAAAUCCAAGACGAGCCUCAACCCGUUGAUCAGCUUAAUCAAAAAGAAAAAGAAAACCGCUCCUACCCCUCCAACACGUAGCAGUUCCUUUAAGCACCCCAGGGAUGAGUUUAACAACGGCUCUUCAUUUAAUGAUGCCACGAUAGGUAUUGACCCUUCAAAGUUCCUAUGCCUCAAUAAUAAUGGAGCUGGAGGUGUCACCAAUGGAGCUCCUGCAUUUCCUGGUCAGGUGUUCCCCCCACACCCACGGAAAAAGGGCACGCCAGGAACUUCCAGUGCUGGCCGACUGGCCACGACACCCCCAGGUGAGGAAGACAUGUCAAACUCGAAGCGCUUCCAGAGGUCCUCAUCAGCCUCCAGCAUGCCCCCAGGAUCCGACCGUACAGAGUGGAAGUCGGUCACACUCCCCCGGGACGUGCAGUCUCGCCAUUUCGACUCGAGCACCUUGGGAAGCAAGCCUGCCCUGCCCCGCAAGAGCACACCACGUGGUGGCACUCUUACCCCACCCCCACGCCUGUCCAAAAAGACUGAAGAUGCUUUAGAUGAGGUUUUUAAGGAUUCUGAAUCUAGUCCAGGAUCAAGCCCCCAGACACUAACCCCCAAGUUGGGUCACCGACCACAAAUGCAGAGCGAAAGCUCCAAAACUAGUGCCUUCCAAGCAGACCUGCUUAAAUCGAAUGCACUCUCUGCCCUGGGAGCAGCCGGGGAGGAGUGCAGAGCACGCAGACACAAACAACCUCUCGAUAUCUCGGGUCAGCGAGAGAAGGAUAGGGGGAAGUUUACCAAGUCCAAGCCAGCUCCUCCUCCUCCACCACCAUCAAGUGUCAAAUCUGGGAAGGUUUCAAGGAGCCCCACGCAAGACCUAAAUGCUGACACGAAAGUCAAAGUUGAUCUAAGCCCCUCUGGCUCUGAACAAGGCAGGUCUUUCUUGCCCCAGGAAAGCACCAAAAAACUUAGCACCUCCAAAGCACAGCCAUCAAAGACCACACCUACUACUUCAACCAGUCAGCCACUGGGAGUAGGAUCCGGCUCACCUGCUGGGGAUCAGGGCUCGGCUACGGCUUUCAUCCCCCUCGUGACGACACGCCGCUCUUUGAGGAAAACACGGCAGAAUGAACGUAUUCCCAACUCUACCAUCACGCGGGAGAUGGUCCUCGAGAGCACAGAGCUUCUGCGUGCUGCUAUCAGCAGGAACUCUGAGCAGACAGGCAGUCACAACGCGGUUUUAGAGGCUGGCAACAACCUGUCCAAGUACUGCCUGAGCUACGUGGACUCCAUACAGCAGAUGAGGAACAAGUUUGCGUUCCGUGAGGCCAUCAACAAGCUGGAGAGCAACCUGAGGGAGCUGCAGAUCUGCCCUACAGCCACUGGGGGUGCCAGCACACCACAAGACUUUACCAAGCUCCUAUCCUCUGUCAAGGAGAUUAGUGACAUUGUUCAGAGGUAGCGGAAGUGCCUCAAUCCUCUCUUUUAGUUUUCCCCUCUUCAGGGUAACCAGCAGAAUAAUGAUUUUGAUGGCAGAUUUAGAGGGGAGAGAAUUAUUUUUUUUUUCUUCCCUGAAUGGCUGUGACAGUUCCUAAACAAUCUGAAAUCACCUCUCAUUUCUCAAAACUGUAGGACUCAAUAUACUGUAGAAUGCAUAUCAUAGGACAAAGGUGUCUUGGUGUUGAGCACAAAUUCAAAAAAGAUUGGAUUUGAUCAUAAAGAAUCCUGGCCUAUGAAAAGUUCCAAGCCUAAGUAUUAGUUAUGUUGGAAAAUUGGUUCUGUAAUAACAUGCAAAACAAAGUCGUCUCUGAUUUUGUUGAUUUACAGUAUCAAAAAUCAAACUUCAUUGUGUUAUCUGGGGCUCGCUCAUGAACUCCACUCUCGAUUCCAGUGUACGGUUGGGAGACUUAUGGUUUUGACCUUUGUUCCUCAGCUUGGUUUUUCAUUCAGUAGAGGGUUUUGUUGUUCAUGUGAUGUGUUACAGCCCCAUUAAGUAUUAGAGAAUCACUGUGCCAUAAAGUUUCCAAAUCACUGCCUUUAUUCCUUGUGAACAGACGUGCCUUAAAAGUUGUUGCCCUUAAAGACUGUCUUGCCAAUAAUCAGCGAUGUGGCCUUGAAAAACCAAGACUGACUGAGCAUUUUAACUUUGUUCAUCUACCGUAACUGACACGGAUGUUUGAUUCCAAACACUACUGUCUGUAGGAGCCGGAGAAGGACUGGUAAAGCAAGACCAGCGACGCAAACCUAUGUAUGUUUGUUUUUUUUAACCUAAUCUGUAAGAAUGCAAGUCUGCACUCGUUACAUCACUUCAUAACGUUCUGCACACCACUCACAAAAGAUCCUAGUUACAUCUGGUUGUUUUGUGCAUUUCGAGUAUUAGGAUAUGGACAAUGAAUAAGUAGAACCCUUUCUAAUUUUACUACAUCACUACUAAUGUCACCUCAGGACAGGAAAUCAUAGCCGAAACCCCUCCCUCUUUUGCCUGGAAAUGAGGAGCUGCUGGCCACAUGUAACGAGCGAAUUUGCAUUAAUUUUGACAUGUGGUUAAAACGUGAGAUCCAGUGCAGGUGUAAAUGGGGUUCAAAUUGCCGAGAGAAUUUAAGGAUUAGAAUCACCAACAGGAUUCGAGGUUUGAUGUCGCAUGGUUCAGUACCAGUCAGUCACUCGCCUCGUCUUGUCUUACGUCGUUAACGGUAGAGAUGUAUCGAGUGUUAAGAAAUCGUAUACUUAACCAAACAAUGAACCUUCACUGCUAAGUCAAACUCUUACUAAAAAAAAAAAAAAUUAAAAAAAAAAAUUCAUUUUACUUGUAUUGUUUUACAGUAUUAGUGUUUUGCAUUUGACACUUAGCCCUCUGACUGCGAUGCUUGAGGAUGAAGCCAACCACAAGCUGCCUUAGUUUCAACGUGGUACAGCCAAUGUUGACUUCUGUUUAUCUUCAUGAAAGUCAUGCCACUACUCUUAUUUUAUGCAAGUGUCACAGUUUUGUACACUAAUGUGCUCAUCUUUGUAAAUACACACUUUUUUUUCCUUCCCCCCUCUUUGUAACCCAUGGUGCAAUUUCUUGCAUAAAAUACAAAGCAAUUUUGUUACUUGAA